AUGUUUAAGCGCAUAACGUUCAGUGUGAUUCUUGCCGUGUGUAUAUUUUUGUGUGUUCAAGCCUUGGAGGAUUAUGAUGAAGAUGAUUCUGAUGCUGAAGGAGAUUUUCGUUCUCCAACGGGCAGUGAUAAAGAACUUUCGGAUAUGGUAAUCACCACAGCCUUGGGAAAGAUACGUGGAACUUUGUUGACUUCCCAAAGGGGCCGGAAUUUUUAUGCUUUUCGUGGAAUACGUUAUGCCAAGCCACCGGUGGGUGAGCUGCGUUUUAAACCUCCCGAACCGGUGGAUCAAUGGUUCGAUAUUUUCGAUGCCACUUUUGAUGGUCCCAUGUGUCCCCAGCCAGGUCUGAACAGUGACGAUGUAUCCGAAGAUUGUUUGCGGGUAAAUAUCUAUACGCGAGAACUGCCCUCCGAAAAGAAUCCCAACAUUAAGAAGCCGGUAAUUGUUUUCAUACAUCCUGGAGGGUUCUAUUCGCUAUCGGGCCAAAGUAAAAACUUUGCUGGACCGCAAUAUUUUAUGGAUCGCAGUGUGGUAUUGGUGACAUUCAAUUAUCGUUUGGGCACCUUGGGUUUCUUGAGUACCGGCACCAAGGAAGCUCCCGGCAAUUUGGGUCUCAAAGAUCAAGUGGCCCUGUUACGUUGGGUAAAAUUGCUUAUCUCACGUUUUGGUGGUGAUCCAAAUGCCAUUACGCUCUUGGGUUAUGGUGCCGGAGCCAUGAGCAUUACCCUGCACAUGGUGUCUCCCAUGUCGAAGAAUCUCUUUCACAAAGCCAUCAUUAUGAGUGGUUCAGUAACGGGUCAGUGGAAAUUACCUGAGGAACAGUUGUAUGUGGCCCAGCGCCAGGCUUUGCUGUUGAAAUGUCCUCUGCAAAAUGUCACCUCGAUGGUGGAUUGUUUGAAAACGAAACACUAUUUGGAAUAUGCCAAUACCUUGAAGGAUAUGUUUGAAUUUGCCCGCCAAAAUCCAUUGAUCAUAUGGAAGCCGGUUGUGGAGCGUGAUUUUGGGCAGGAGAGGUUUCUCGUCGAGGAUCCGAUACGUUCAUAUCAAAACGGAGAUUUUAUGAAGAUACCAAUUAUUACGGGCAUGACCAAGGAUGAAUUUGUGGGACCGGCCUUGUCUCUAUUGGAGAACGAACGUUGGCUAAACUUCUUUGUGGAGAAUUUCGAAUUGGUGGCUCCCAUAUGUUUCAUGUACAAUCAAAGUGAUUCCAAAACAUCGAAUAUUUCCCAAGAGUUGUGGUUCCACUAUUUUGGCAACAACCUUACUCUCAGUCUAGCCGAUUCACUGGAAAAUCUGACACAGCUAUAUUCCGAUGCCUUGACAGGAUUCUCCAUACAUCGUUUUGUACAUCUGGCAGCACGAUCCACCAAAGUCUAUUAUUAUCGCUUUAGUUAUCAGGGCCAGAAGAGUCACAUAUACUAUCCUGACAAUGGACCUUAUGGCGUAGUCCAUCACGACGAUUUGAUGUAUUUGUUUGUGGAACCCUCGAUAAGUCGCAUGUUCAAUGUGGAUGAUGAUGACUCGAGUAUCGUGAAUAUAUUUACCCGGAUGAUGAGUGCCUUUGCUUACAAGGGAGAUCCCAACAAACCCAGUGACAAGUAUUUGCGCAACAUACGCUGGCGUCCUUUCAGCUACAAGAAACAAUACUAUUUGGACAUCGGGGAUGAGAUGAUAAUGCGUGGAGGUCUAAAUACCCAGCGUUAUGAGUUGUGGAAACGUCUUUUCCCUUUGAACUGGAGACGUCAAAGUAAACACGGAGUCAAUGAUGUGGAUUAUGAAUGA